CAACGGCGGCUGAGAGCAGCCGCCGAAAGCUGCCACUGCCCCCCAGCCGUGGCACUCUUCUCUUCUUCCCUCCAGCAACCAAGCGAGGAAGGAGGAGCAAGCCUGUUCCUUCGGCACGGCCUGGUACCUCCCUCUUGGGCAACGGCGAUUUCUUGAAGCAGAAAGGUGGGCGUAGCUUCUCCUUGGAAGCUGCGUUUCGUUGCUUCGAUCUGAGCUAAGGCCGAGCUGAAAUUGGUCUCCUCUGGAGGCGGCCAUGGUGAGGAGCGCAGGCGGCGUCCACAGGCGGGGGACGUCUACCAAGCCAACAAGUUGCUCACGCGAAAUUGAUUGGAUUGCAGAAGAGUACAUAUUCUCUGGAUGAAUUCCUACUGCAGCAUGAUGAGCCCCUACAAGCUUCUGAAUAUUUCGACGAUGAAGAACCGGAAGGGACAGUUUUGAUUCAACUGUCUCACUGAAUGCCUGCCUUUCAAGACAGUUUCAUUCAAGAGGAGGGGGGCAUGGUCACAAGAGGAAAGUUAUUAGUUCAUAUCAGCUACCUUUAUUUUUGUAUAUUGUUCUGCAUUAGUGAAUUGUUGAAACAAAAUUAGUUGUAUUUCAGGAAGAUGAGAUUCUGAUUCAAAUGGUGGAUACACAUUCCUCAAAAGAUUGGUCAAGCAUUGCACGGGCUGUGCCCGGUCGUAGUCGAAAGCAGUGUAGAGACAGGUGGACGCAUUAUCUUGACCCUGCUGUGAACCAGAUGCCGUGGUCGGAACAGGAGGAGAUAGAUCUUAUCCGUGCUCACAAAAUUCAUGGAAACAAAUGGUGUGAACUGGCUAAAUUCUUUCCUGGGAGGACAGGGAAGGCAAUUAAGAAUUACUGGACUGGUGCUAUGAAGAAAAAGAUUAAGUCAAAUUUAGGUAGUGGAUCGCCAGAGCAACUUUCACCCUGCCCCAAUGAUUCAUUGAUUCCAGUGGGUAGGGACUCCACCGCAACAAGCAGUCAAGAUUCAUCCAAUAAUAUUCCAAUUUCAUCAGCCGACCUGCCAGUAAGACUUAAAUCUAAACAUGGACUCACAGAAGCUUGUAGAAAUGCAUGUACACUGAAAGAAAAAGGUCCUGAUUCUAUACAUGACGAAGGGUCUAUACCUCAUUCAGUUAAUGUCUCGCAAAUGGUGGAUGGGCGAACAGUUGGAUCUAGUUUGCGCAUACUAACCGAGGAAAAAUUGGUUUCGCCGUUGAGUUCAGUGGAUGAGAAGGUCUCUUGUGUUGCAGCGAAUUCUCCAAAGCCCCUGAAAGAAGAGGAAUCAACAAACUUUCUGGAAAUCCCACCAGCACUUAGUUUUCAAUCAAGCAAUGUACAUUCUGAUGCGAUUUGCAGUAGUGCUGAUCCAGAGUCACGGCAGCUACAUCUGGCAAGUAUAGCAGAUCUUCUAGACAUGUCAUAUUGUGAGAGCUUAAUGGUCAUCGCACCUGAUUCAACAAAUGAUGAAGAUUUCAAGCUUGGUAUGUGAUGUUAGUUUCAAACAAAUAAUCCAGGGACUGAACCUGGAGAAAAAUCAAUAAUUCUGCUUGUUGGACUUCAAGUCCAUGCAACUUUUGUUCAUUUACUUGUAAAUCAUUUAAUAUUGCCGAGAUUCUACAUAAGGAUUUGAUUGCAGAGGGAUGCAUAAGCCACUGUCA